AUGGCUGAGAGUUCGUCGGACUCAUCGGAGCUCAGGAACUAUCUGAAGGAUCUGCGCUCUAGGAGCGGAGGUCGGGUGUCACCCUCAAGAAUUCCGAGGCCGGACCCGUCACUCACCGCGGAGCAGGAUCGCGCUCAAAGACCAGCUCCGAAUCGGGCAGCUGCCCUCCUGGACAGGGCUGCCAACCUGAGCCGCCGGAAGGAAGUUGCCGCCAAAGGAGCCGAAGAUUCCAGUCCGACUCUGUCUCUGACUAUUAGCAGCAGUCGGAAGGAAGUAGCCUUCGACCUUUCGGACGAGCAGAACAGAAGAGAUAACAGCAGGAGUCGAAUCCCACAGAGUCCCAAGGCCGCUCGAAAGGAGAGAGAGACUCCGCCGCUCAAAGUUGUCAAAAAGUCAACUGCACUAAAACGCGUAUUGCCGGACACCAGUCGUCAUCAAGCUCGCAGGUCUCCGAGUCCGUACCACAAGAACUGUCAACAUUCUCAAACUUCGGCACCGGACUCACCAGAACCCGAGCGGGGCGCUUCUCCGAAAAUUGCCCGGAGUGUCGUUACGAAACCAGGGAGUCCCAGAAUGAAAGCGUCGAAGCCAUCUGAAAUAGUUCGCAGAGAACAGCUUCCCGCCGACAGCAAAGGUCAGCCGGGCAUACGGAGGAAAAGUCGAACGAGGCGCCGGGACGAGUCUGGAGAGAAUGAUGCGGAAGCUCACCCGAUCGCGGAUGUCUCCUCGGGCUCCAAGACGACGGAACCCUCGAAGAAAUCGGGUUCUUCCGAAUACAGCGAUACUUUCGAAGAAACCACGUCGAAGUUAAGAUCUACCUCGAGUCGCCGCCAGACCCGUUCCAGGAGUUUGGAUACGGGUUUGAUCAGGAGCUCUCGUUCUCCCACGACGUUGACAACCAAGUCUUCCAAGCGCAGCAAGUCUUCCACCGUUCCCGACUGGUGGUUCCCAGGGAUUUUACCCCCGAAACAUCUUGGUGGCGAUCAUCUCGAGAAGCUCCAGCAACUCCACCUCGGAGUUCUCGACGAUCUGUUCCGCUUCCAAAUCGGUCUCAUCGAAAAGCAUCAGCAGAGGUCGGAAACUCGAUACAAGUGGAUCAACGAUCUCGUCAAGAGCAACCACGCAUACACGACGUGGGACGACUACCAAAGCGAUCCACGAGCACGUUUUUUCUCCUGGCAAAAAGAGGCUGCAACAGCGGAUCUGCCUCAGUGA